AUGCCAAGCAUCUUUAGCGCGUUUGAUAGAAACAAAACAUUUAAACCUGUGAAAAAUGUUCAAUCUUCACAUCAUUUAGAACUUUCUAAAAAAUUAGAAUCUACACUCAAUCAGGAUUCGUAUACGGAUUUGGUAGUUCAAGAAAGUGUGAAAUUACCACCUGGAGAGAGUGUGAAUGAAUGGAUUUCCUUUCACAUGAUUGAUUUUUACAACAAAAUUAAUGCCAUAUUUGGUCAAAUGCAAGAAUGUUGCACCGAUGAAUCGUGUCCCAAAAUGAUGUCCAGUCCUGGCUACAUGUACUUGUGGCGAGAUCCAACUUCUAAAAAGUAUAAAAAAGCCACCGAAGUUUCAGCUCCAGAAUAUAUUGCACUCUCGAUUGACAAGAUUGAAAAUUUACUGAACGACACGAAUAUCUUUUCUACGAAUGGAGAUUUUCCAAAAGAUUUUCGUAAAAUUGUCAAGGACAUGUCAAAAAAGAUUUUCCGAGUUUAUGCACAUGUCUUUCAUCAACAUUAUAAUGAAGUGAAAGAGAGAAAGAUGGAGACCAACUUUUUAUUUGCAUUUAAACAUUUUUUGUUUUUUGCUAUGGAAUUUAGAUUGUUAAAUGAGAAGGAAUUGGAACCAAUGGUUUCGUGGAUUGAACAAUCUACUGGAAUUGAUGUUGAAAGUUACCUUAAAAGCAAAAAGAAACACAAGAAGAAGGAUACUUCAUCAGAUCAGAACAACAGUUCAACAUCCUCUGCAAGUCAAUCUUCCAACAACAGUUCUGGCAGUGCAAGUAGUAGUAGUGGCAACAAUGAUCAUUCAACAUCCUCCGAUGAUAAACAAAAAAAGAGACAUGGUCACAAACGUAAUGAUUCACUUCGAGCUGAAGAUUUCAAUCUCAUUCGAAGAAGAUCUGCUUCUGUCAUGACCACAGGUGACUCUUCGAAUGGAUCCUCUGCUGGACAAGGACUCAGUGCACUCGGUGGAUCUCAAUCCUCGUAUGGCAAUGGAGGAUCGAUCGAUAGCGAGCACAGUGAAAAGACCAUCUAUACGGUGGAACCAAACAAAAUCUCAACACUUGUGGUCGAAGUGAUUGAAGCCUCGAAUUUGGAAGCCAAAGACAUGGGUGACACUUCGGAUGGAUUUACAGUUCUCAAAUUUGAAAAUCAAGAAGUGAGAACCGACGUCAUUUGGAAAGAGUUAAAUCCCAAAUGGAAUGCUCGUUUCACAUUUAUUGUGAAAAACAUAUCGAGCAUACUUCAUGUUUCAGUAUUUGAUGAAAAUAGACUCAGUAAGGCUGAGCUUAUUGGUAGUGCUGAUUUCAAUUGUCAAGAAUUGGCCGAUGAAGAAAAACAUGACUUUUGGCUGGAUUUGAAAAAUUCAAAGGAUUCUUUUGCAGGUCGAAUUCACUUGCAAUGUACUUUUACAAGUUCUGAAAGUGGAAGUAUGGGAUAUUUGAAAAAGAUUACCAAUCUUGGUUUCUAUACACCACUGAAACAAUUCUUACUUUCUCUCAAGCCAUCUUCAUUCAUUGGAUUAUUCGACAAUAACAAGUUGAAUGUGGAUGACAAGAUUUACAAAUCUCUCAUCUAUUUGACAACCUAUGGAGAGACCAAUCCACAGGGUACAGAGGAAUUCAAUGUCUCAGUCAUGAAAUAUAUUAUUCGUUUAGAAGUUGAAAAAACUCUGAGAAUUUCACAACUUCUUAGAUCCAAUUCCAUAAGCACAAAAUUAGUUGGCAUGUAUUUGAAAAUAUUCGGUCAGGUCUAUCUCAAGAAAACUCUUCAAGAUCUUACACAAAAGAUUUGUGAAGAGAACAAGUAUUUAGAAUGCUCGCCUGAUACCAUUCGAAAGGAAAGUGAAGGUUCCAUUUCAAUCGAUCCGCAAGUGAAGGCCAAAGAAAAUAUGAAUGAAAUUAUUGAAUAUGCCAAACAAUACAUGCAAGCCAUUAGACAAUCUGUGAGCGUCAUGCCAAAAGAUAUUCGACAAAUCACAUCACACCUCCGUGAACAAGUAUUCAAAAAGUAUGAGAAUGUAGCUUCAGUGACACAUGACAUUCCAGGAGAACAUGUCUCAACACAACUAGAUAGUACCAGUAUGGGCACUAUUGCUGCCUCUUCAUUACUCUUUCUACGUUUCAUCACUCCGUGCAUUACUGCUCCUCACUUGUUUCAACUUGUGAGUACGACGCCUCAAAAGAAUGCCCAACGUACUCUCAUGCUGGUUUCCAAAAUUUUACAACAAACGGCCAAUGAAAUUGAAUUCAGUGAAAAGAAGGAAGCUUUCAUGGUGCCUGCCAAUGAUUUUGUGAGAGAGCAAAAAUCAAAUUUGAGAGCCUUUUUGGAUGAAGUUUGUGAUGUGAAUGGAGAUGACAUGAAUUUACGAGACAGCACUGAUAAUACUCUGAGUGAAGAGAAUAAUGAUCGAUUGCUGUGGUCACUCUACAAUAUUCAUGUUCUAUUUUAUGACAAUGAUUCCACUAUUUAUCCAUUAUUACAGGAGGUUAAAAAGAAGAAUACAACAGGAACUCUUGCUUACUUUGAGUUGAGCAGCGAAAAUGCCACACAAUUAGUAGAGAGCUAUGAACAACUUAGGAGUAUUGUUGGUAAAUUAGGUUCACCACCUCAGCUAUCACUUCAAGCUCGUCAGCGUGUCACAACUGCCUUCUCAAAGAGAAGUGACAAUGACAAUGUGCCAUCCAUCAAUAUCAAUUAA